CACAAAAAACCACUGAUGCAAUACAAAUUCAUAAAUUCUCUCACGUUUGCGAGUGGACUCAUUGAAUCUCUCACCGCCAAAAACCCAUAAAGAAAUAAAAAACGGAAACCCCACAUUUUCGCUUAUUCACUCGCCUAUAUAUAUAAACUAGUUCCCCUAUUUUUGGAAAUUAAAUUUACGAUUUUUACUGCCGCUUGUGUUUGUGGGGUUGCCAUAUUGUGGAAAUUAAAUAUCAUUCCUUUUUUGAUUCUAUGAGAAAAUGAUUGCAAUUGGAGGUGGAUCAGCAACACUGGCUGGGGGCACAUCAUUAUCAUCGUCUCGAGGUCUUGGUGUUGGGAUCAAACCGUGUUCCACGUUUUUGUCUUCCUCUUCUUCCUCAUUCAAACCUGGGUUUUUGGGAUUUUCUGUGCAUAGUUCAAAGGGGUCUGUUCGAAUCAACUCCAUGGAAGGGUCCACGACUGUUACUGUGAAUGAGACCGACUUCAACACCAAUGGCCAUGUUGGGAAUCUGGAUGAAAAUCAGAGUCUACUGUCUAGCAUUGGAAAUUCUACCAACAUUAAAUGGCAUGAAUGUUCUGUUAACAAAAUUGAAAGACAGAAGCUACUGAAACAAAAGGGAUGUGUAAUAUGGAUCACUGGUCUUAGUGCUUCAGGGAAGAGCUCUGUGGCAUGUGCUUUAAGUCAGAUCUUGCACAGCAGGGGGAAGCUGUCUUAUGUCCUUGACGGUGACAAUGUCAGGCAUGGCCUGAAUCGUGACCUUAGCUUUAAAGCAGAAGACCGUGCAGAGAACAUAAGGAGAAUUGGUGAGGUGGCUAAGCUCUUUGCAGAUGCUGGGGUCAUUUGCAUUGCUAGUUUGAUUUCUCCAUACGCAAGAGAUCGAGAUGCCUGCCGAGCAUUGCUGCCUGAAGGGGAUUUUAUAGAGGUGUUCAUGGACGUGCCCCUCCAAGUUUGUGAGGAAAGAGACCCUAAAGGCCUUUAUAAGCUUGCCCGUGCCGGAAAGAUCAAAGGUUUUACUGGGAUUGAUGAUCCUUAUGAGCAACCAUUAAAUUCUGAGAUAGUUUUGAAACACAAAGGAGGGGACUGUGAUUCACCUAUUGAAAUGGCUGGAGAAGUGAUUUCCUUCUUGGAAGAGAAGGGUUUCCUCCAGGCAUGAGGACGAAUUUCCGUUGUUCGGUGUUGAUCAUUUUUUGAUAUUUAUAAGGGAAUAAUCCAUUGGUGGAAAAACCAGUUGUUCCCUCAAUUACUAUAACAAUCCUCAAGCUUUCUUUUAUGUAAAGUCUAUGACAAGAGAGAGCUAGUUCAUAAGUUAUUAUUGCCUUUUCCUUAUUUUAUGAUUAUUUUUUUUAUUGUCCCUGUCUGUUUUUUUUAUUGUUUAUUUUUGUGUUCAUGUUCGUUGAAAAUUUGGUGUUUGUAAAUAAUGUGGGAAAGUUCUUUCACAAUAUGUCGUGCUACCAUAUUGAGUGCUUUGAAUGAUGUAGUUAGUUUCUAUGAGUGCUUUAGAAUAAUAUUGAUGUUUCAAUUUUUAACGUGAAAACAGAGGACAAUCUUUUGCUUUC